AUGGUUCAACAUACAGAAGGGAGGCCAUCGCUCCCUCUAUUCAAAAGCUCCUCAUCAGGAAGCACUCUGCGAUCGGAAACGACCCAUUUUAAAUCAGCUUAUUCCAACCAAAUUCCAACCGAUGCACAGAAUAUCUCGGGUAAAAUAUUGAAAAGGCCAGCCGGCUCUAUUCUAGCGCUUGUUCUCGAAAUAGUCCUCUGUUUAGUCGCACUGUGCUUCAUAGCGCUCGCGCUGGGGGCACUAUGUAUCAACAACAGGCCGACGGGCGAUAGGCUGGGGACAGUCAUGGAGGAGGCAAUGAAACUCGGGCCCACGAUAUACCCCAUCAUAUUCGCUGCAUUACUUUCUAGCUCGCUCAAAAGCAUUGGUCGAUACUGUGCCCAGAAAUCUGUGAGGAUGUCGACAUUAUGGGCAUUGAUGAAUACCAAUUCGACUUCGGACCCCAUCAAACAUCUUUACAGCAUGCCGCUCUCUCUGCUCGUCUGGGGUCUCCUCGUCCUAUGGGCGAUGUCCCCUCUUGGGGGUCAGAGUGCCAUCCGGCUUCUAUACAAGGCCAACUUGACCGACAUCACCCACCCUGAGCUCCGUUACUGGGAUAACGGUCCGCUAGGGUCACUUUUUACUUACACGGGCAUCAUGGUGGGCAAUGACGGUUCAUGGCCUUUGUCAAUGCGUGAUCUUUAUACGGCUAGUCUCAUGCAAAGUAUUCAAAUAAAGGAAGGCCCAGUAGACCAAUGGACGAACGUCAAGAUCCCUCGCCUUGAGGCGGGAAACGAGUCUGCGACCACUACUGACGGCUGGAUGCCUGUCGGCAACACGACAAAAGUUGAGGACUUUACCUCUCUGUUUGGAAUGCCUAUCAUCGGUCUUUCCGAGGUAAAGAACAAGGGCGACGUUCAUUUCAGUGUUGAAACGAUGUAUCUGGAACUAUCUUGCUCCCCUUUUCGUCACGUGUCGGCUAUAAACUACACUUCUGGGCUGACAAUACGCUGCAAGGAUUGUUUCGAGGAUGGUAUGACCCAGUGGGUUCGUGCUCAGAAGUCCCUUGGUCUUCCUGCGGAUGAAUACAUACCUGAGGGGAGGAAUUACGAUUGGGGAGACUGGGUUCCCACCACCGAUCACCCCGUAAUCGAUCAAAACAACCCAAAUAACACUCUCCCCAGGACAAUACAAUUUAUAUCCACUUUCCUGACGUCGACAUCAUUAGCCACCUGCCAAAUCACCCAACGCCCGGUGGAGGCCUACAUAGAAUGCAUUGACAAAAGCUGCGCGGCUACAAAGAUUCGCCAAUCCACUACAGACCACCGCAAUAAGAACUUCACCGUGAUGGAUUACUGGGGUGAAAAAAUUCUCAAUAUGAUCACAGCCAUAAGUUCCGGAAGCGCCGCAGCGGACGACGUGAUGUGGGGGUCUAGCAGCUCCGAACUCUUCCUAAAUGACUCAAGAACCGCACCCAUUAAAACGGGAAUUGGUGGUAUUCCAGAUGGUGUUAACAUGUCCACUUUCAAUAAUACCGGCCUCUUCGCCACCAGGGCCUCCAUGCUCCUCAACACAGGUCUCCAGGCAUUCAUGGCCCCCACAGCGUUCUCCGGCAACUUGAAAGCAGAUAAUCUAAGUUUCUAUGGCAAGCCUCAUAUUCCCAGCAAUGGUCUCUUAACGGUUGCCAACGAGUCCGCGUGGAAGGACUACGACAUGAAUAUCAGAAUGUACCCGCCUCAAGUGGCUAACCUCCUAAACUCGGGCACGCCCUUCAUCGGCGCAUCCACAAAUGCCACUUUAAGGAAUUACACGGAGGUCUACAAGCCCGAAUAUGUGUGGGUCGUUAUUCUUAUAAUCUCAUCCUUUACGAUUGUUGGGAUAGGCAUAACUGGCCUAUGCUUUCGGAUGAAAACAAUAGCACCUGAUAUGUUUGAUUGUGUGAUGGGCCUGACGUAUGACAAUCCGUAUAUCUUGCCCACUGGGAACAAUUAUGAGCCGCUUGACACGGAUAACCGACUUAAAAUACUCGGUAACAAAACGGUUCAGCUAGGUGAACUCAACGACGGUCAGGGGGCUAAAGCUGUCUUUGGUGAGGCGAGUUUUGUCGCGCCGUUCCGGAUGGGGGUUUCAUAUCAUUGA